AGUUGGGUUGGGUGUGCUGUUUGUGUCGUGUUGUGAAUUUUCUGUUAUUUUCUUUGAAACUUGCGCGGCACUGUUGAAACUUUCCCUUUUUCUCACCCAAUCCAAUCCAAUCCCAUCUCAUGUCAUGUUAGAGUUUUCAUCCCCACGCAACACUCAAAUUGUCACCCUCUGCAACUCAUGUAGUAACUUGUAACAAAUAAACUAGUAGUAGUAUUUAUUAUAUUAUAUUAUACACGCCAAAUACCCCACCUCAACUUGCCAAUCAUACCAACAUUCAUCUAUCUAUAAAAUACAAAAUUCAGCUCCCACUUUUUCAUUCCAUCACCAACAAGGAAAAUGGCCUCAACUCUUCUUCCCCUCCUCGCUACCUUGUUUCUGGCUUUCUCCGUCUACUAUCUCCAGAUCGCUGAAGCAGAACCACAACAGCUUUCUACUCUCAAGCUUAACUCUCGUAUUCUUCAGGAGUCAAUUGCGAAAGAGAUUAACGAAAACCCCGGGGCAGGAUGGGAGGCUGCUAUCAGUCCUCGUUUCUCCAACUACACAGUUGCACAAUUUAAGCGCCUUCUUGGAGUGAAACCAUCGCCUAAGAAGGAGCUCAGAAGUACACCCGUUGUAUCUCAUCCGAGAUCAUUGAAGUUGCCGAAGAGUUUCGAUGCAAGGACGGCUUGGUCGCAGUGUAGCACUAUUGGAAGAAUCCUAGAUCAGGGUCACUGUGGUUCUUGUUGGGCAUUUGGUGCUGUGGAAUCGUUAUCAGAUCGCUUUUGUAUUCAUCUUGAUGUGAAUGUAUCUCUUUCUGUUAAUGACCUUCUUGCAUGCUGUGGCUUUCUCUGUGGGUCUGGCUGUGAUGGGGGAUAUCCUCUAUACGCAUGGCGAUACUUAGCUCACCACGGUGUUGUCACUGAAGAGUGUGACCCAUACUUUGAUCAAAUUGGCUGUUCUCAUCCUGGUUGUGAGCCAGCAUAUCAAACUCCCAAGUGUGUUAGGAAGUGUGUAAAAGGGAACCAGAUUUGGAAGAAGUCAAAGCACUUUAGUGUUAAUGCAUAUUCGGUAAAGUCUGAUCCCUAUGAUAUCAUGGCAGAAGUUUAUAAGAAUGGGCCUGUUGAAGUCGCAUUCACUGUUUAUGAGGAUUUUGCCCACUACAAAUCGGGAGUUUACAAGCACAUCACAGGUUCUCAAUUAGGUGGUCAUGCAGUAAAGCUGAUUGGGUGGGGAACAACUGACGAGGGGGAGGACUAUUGGCUUAUCGCAAAUCAAUGGAACAGAAGCUGGGGAGAUGAUGGUUACUUCAUGAUCAGAAGAGGAACAAAUGAAUGUGGGAUUGAAGAGGAUGUUACUGCAGGUUUGCCUUCCACCAAAAAUAUGGGAAGAUGGGUGAUGGACAUGGAUGCUGACGCUGAUGUUUCAUUCUGAAUAUAAAUAUAGAUUAUCUUACCAAUUAGAUUCUGUAUGGUGUGUAUUGAAAAAAUCUGCACCAAUUACUGUCUGUACUCCAAACUAUCCAAAUUGUGAUUAUGAUGUUGAAAGAAGGUAAGCUUUUGAGGUUUAUUGGCUUUAGAGAGAAACUGCCAUAAUUACUCAUGAGCACUUGGAAUAAUUCAUGUCCUCCAUUCAGCUUUGAUGAUGAUGAUCCUUAAAUGAUGAUACUUGAUUUUUCUUUU